AAGCCCGGGGAGAUGGGCUCCAAAAGCCACCGUCGCGAGCCGCGAAGCGCGUUCUUGCUUAAAUGAUCAGUCGUCCCUGCGGCUCACCCCUGCCCUUUUUGGCUGGGAGACCCAUUCAAGUUGUUGACCCGCGAGAAUCCCUCACCAAGUUCACUCUUGCCCGCCUGGCACCCGGGAACUCCCCAAAGUGCCCCUUCUUUCCCACCAGUCCGAAAACUCCCUAAAACUCCUUCCAGCCCGCGCUGGCUCGCGCCCGCCGCCCGCCCAAAGUGGGAGAAAGGCACAAGGUCCGAUGGCACCUGCCCGGGGCGAGCGGGCGGGCGGGCGGCUGGGGCGGCUGCGAGCCCGCUUCCUCCUGACUGGUGUCAGAUGACUGUGUAAAGAUGGCCGAAGGGGAGGCUGCUCACUCCCCCGCUGUGGAUCCGCGGGAAGACUUCGAGAUCGUAGACCGGACUGGGAUCCCGCCAGCGCACGAAGCGCGCAGUGAGGCCGGGGCUAAGGCGACGGCCGGGGACGAGGCAGGCUGGUCGCGCCCCAUUCUCUCCCUGGCCAGGAAGGCGUCCGAGAACUUCUCGGCGAGCUGCGGACACGCGCUGCGCUCGGCAGCCUCUUCCGCGGGGCUCCGGAGCAAACUCCCUGGCGGCGGCGGCGGCGGCGGCGGCGGCGGCGGAGACAGCCCCGCCGGCCCAGCUGCUAAAUGCCAAAUGAUGGAAGAACGCUCCAACUUGAUGAAUAUGAUGAAGCUGAGUAUUAAAGUCUUGAUCCAGUCAGCCCUGAGCCUAGGUAGAAGCUUGGAUGCAGACUACGCCCCUUUGCAACAGUUCUUUGUGGUGAUGGAGCAUUGUCUCAAACAUGGCCUGAAAGUUAAGAAGAGUUUUAUUGGCCAAAAUAAGUCUUUCUUUGGUCCCCUGGAGCUGGUGGAGAAACUUUGUCCAGAAGCAUCAGAUAUAGCUACUAGUGUUAAAAAUCUGCCCGAAUUAAAGACAGCAGUAGGAAGAGGAAGGGCUUGGCUUUACCUUGCACUCAUGCAAAAGAAAUUGGCAGAUUAUCUGAAAGUGCUUAUAGAUAAUAAGCAUCUCUUAAGUGAAUUCUAUGAACCUGAGGCAUUGAUGAUGGAAGAAGAAGGAACAGUAAUUGUAGGUCUGCUGGUGGGCCUCAAUGUUCUUGAUGCUAACCUUUGUUUAAAAGGAGAAGAUUUGGACUCUCAGGUUGGAGUGAUCGAUUUUUCCUUGUAUCUUAAGGAUGUGCAGGAUAUUGAUGGUGACAGAGAACAAGAAAGAAUUACUGAUGUCCUUGAUCAAAAGAAUUAUGUGGAAGAACUUAACAGACACUUAAGCUGCACUGUUGGGGAUCUUCAGGCUAAGAUAGAUUGUCUAGAAAAGACCAAUUCAAAACUUCAAGAAGAGCUUUCAGCAGCUACAGAUCGGAUUGAUUCACUUCAAGAAGAACAGCGACAAUUAAAAGAACAAAAUGAAUUAAUCCGGGAAAGAAGUGAAAAAAGUGUAGAGGUAACAAAACAAGAUACAAAAGUAGAGCUUGAGACUUACAAACAAACCCGACAAGGCCUGGAUGAAAUGUAUAGUGAUGUAUGGAAACAGUUGAAAGAGGAAAAAAGAGUCCGAAUGGAACUAGAGAAAGAACUGGAGCUGCAAAUUGGAAUGAAAACAGAAAUGGAGAUUGCAAUGAAACUUCUAGAAAAGGAUACACAUGAAAAACAAGACACACUAGUUGCUCUUCGCCAACAACUGGAAGAAGUCAAAGCAAUUAACUUGCAGAUGUUUCAUAAAGCCCAGAAUGCAGAGAGCUGCUUACAACAGAAGAAUGAAACAAUCAUAUCUUAUGAAGGAAAAACCAGUCAAGUAAUGUCUGCCAUGAAAGAAAUGGAAGAGAGAUUACAUUACUCAGAAAAGGCCAGGCAAAGUGCUGAAGAGAGAAACAACAAACUGAAGCAAGAAUUUGGUGGCAAAGUUGAAACCCUACAACAGCAGCUCUCCCAACUGGACAAACAAUGCUCAAGUCUCGAGAGAGAGUUAAAGUCAGAAAAAGAGCAAAGGCAAGCUCUUCAGAAAGAGUUGCAGCAAGAGAAAAAUACCGCUUCUCUGCUCAAAACUGAGUUGCACCAGGUUGAUGGGCUAAAAAAGGAACUUCAAAAACUAUAUGAGAAAAAAGAAGAAUUACAGAAGAUUUGUGAAGAACAGGAACAAGCACUACAGGAAAUGGGAUUGCACCUCAGCCAAUCAAAACUAAAGAUGGAAGAUAUAAAAGAGGUCAAUAAGGCACUGAAGGGUCACACCUGGCUAAAAGAUGAUGAAGCAACGUACUGCAAACAGUGUGAGAAAGAGUUCUCCAUCUCCCGGAGGAAGCAUCACUGUCGGAAUUGUGGACACAUCUUUUGUAAUACAUGUUCAAGCAAUGAACUUGCACUGCCAUCCUACCCAAGGCCUGUACGUGUAUGUGAUGCCUGCCAUACUCUCCUCCUUCAGAGAUAUUCAUCCAAUUCCUCCUAGGGAUCACGAAUGCUGAAAAGUCCUUAAGUUAGCUGCAGAGUAAAUGAGUUCCUGCCUCCCUGUAACAAAGCUUGGGAAUGUGAAUUUUGCAGUUUUUCUGAUCGUUAUAAAUAUUCCUGGCAGUAAACUGUUCAUUCUGAAAAAAGGCAAAGGAAAGUCUUAGAACAGUAAUCGGAUCCUCAUUGUGCUUGCAAUCUGUAUGUUACUGAUUUACAGGGGGGUUUCAUGAGAGCAGAAAGAAAAGGGUUUGUAAACAGCACUUCAUAUACUUUAAUGUAUUUUAAUGGUUCUUUAAUGUACUGAAAUAUUGGUGUGCUUUUUUAUGGUCCAAGAUUAUUUUCUCUAUUUAAAUUUUAUUUCUCCUUUGUUCUCUUGACUUUGGUCUUCCAGAAUGGUUUGUUUUUCUGCACAGUGAAUCUCAAGAUUUUGCUACUGUAAUUUUUCACAUGUAAAAUACAUCUUUGAAAGUUUUCUGAUUCAUGUGGUCUCCAGAAAACUGAAAUUUUCUUCCCUUGAACUUAAAAUAAACAUCAAGAUUUGCUUCUCAUGCCCAUGA